CUACUUGGUUGUCAUCACAUACAAACUGUAGGUUAUGCGUAAACUGCCGGGGGCGCCUUUUGCCGCUGCAACACCUCCUAAACACCGCUUUUGCAUUAGUGUAUUUCAGUAGCAAGAAAUGCGGAAACUUUUACUGACCAUGCCUUGAUAGCUUGCAUUUGCUAGCUGUGCCCCGACAGCUGGAAGAUUUUCCCCGCGAGCUCAUACCCGUGCAUACGCUCGACAUGGCUUCUGCGAAAAAGCUGUCGGACCGGUUCCUCAUCGGCGAGGAGCUCGGGCGGGGGGCGUAUGGGCAGGUUUACAAGGGGAUCGAUUACCAGACCGGCGACACGGUGGCCAUCAAGCAAAUCUCCCUUACAGGGAUAGCAUCAGAUAGCCUGCAGAGCGUCAUGGGGGAAAUUGACCUGCUCAAAACCCUGAACCACAAGAACAUUGUCAAGUACAUUGGGUCCUUCAAGACCCGCACGCACCUGUACAUCAUUCUUGAGUUCAUGGAGAACGGCUCUCUGGCCAGCAUCAUCAAGCCAAACAAGUUCGGCACCUUCCCGGAGAGCCUGGUGUCCGUGUACAUUGCCCAGGUGCUUGCGGGUCUGCAGUACCUGCACGAGCAGGGGGUGGUGCACCGCGACAUAAAGGGGGCCAACAUCCUCACCACCAAGGACGGCCUUGUGAAGCUGGCGGACUUUGGUGUGGCGGCCAAGCUGGGCGAGCUGGAGGAGCGGCGGGACGAGCUGACGGGUGGCGGCGGCGGCGGCGGCGGCGGCGGCGGGCACGGCGUCAUGGCGGCGGCGGCGGCGCCCGCGGUGGUGGGCACCCCCUACUGGAUGGCACCCGAGGUGAUUGAGAUGACCCAGGUGACCAGCAGCAGCGACAUCUGGAGUGUGGGCUGCCUCAUCAUAGAGCUGCUCACAGGCUACCCGCCCUACUUCGAACUCAACGCCAUGAGCGCCAUGUUCAGGAUCGUGCAGGACCCCAUGCCGCCGCUGCCCGAGGACAUCAGCCCUCUGCUGCGGGACUUCCUGGCGCGCUGCUUCAUGAAGGACGCCAAGCUGCGCCCCGACGCGCGCACGCUGCUGGGUCACGAGUGGCUGGCGCACAACCGCAAGACGCUGCGAAUGUCCUGGCGCCGAGACGCCGGCCAGACCUUCCGCACCCUGGUCGCCACACGCGCCGCCGCCAAGUCCUCAGCCGACGCACACGAGACCAUCACCAGCGUGGUCGCCAGGAUGAUGGCGGCGGCGGAUGAGGACGACGGAGGCAGCAGCGUGCGGGCAGCGGCGGCGGGCGGCGCCGCCGCCGCUGCCGCGGCGGCGGCGGCGGCGGCAGGGCCGCUGGGCGCCGGCGCGGCGGCGGGCAUGGGCGCGGCAGCGCCGGCAGGGGCAGGGGCUGAGGAUGCGGGCGUGGUUGGGGGUGGGGGCGGUGCGGGGGAGGACAUGAAGACGUCGCUCCUGGCCGCCGGCACGCCCGCGUCCUCCGCGCCCGAGUACAAGCAACCCGCCGCAGCAACACCACCACCAGCAGUGGCGGCGGCGGCGGCGCCCGGCGGCGGGGCAAGCACGCUGCCGUACGCCGCGGCGGCGGCGGCGGCGCCGCCGCCGCCGCCGCAACAGCCGGUGGCGUCACUGGCGUCGCCGCGGACGUCCGCGGACGUGUCGGCGGUGGCGCCCGGGAGCGGGUACCAGGCCGCGGCCGCGGCCGCGGCCGCGGCGGCGGCGGCAGCCGCUGGCGUGGCUGCCUCGACUGCGGGGGCCGUCGCUGGCGGCGUCGCCGCCGCCGCGUCGCCGCUCGGCGGCCUCAUUGCGCGCAUGCAGGGCUAUGACGGCGCCGGUACGCAGGGCUACGGGGCGGCGGCGGCGGCGGCGGCGGCGCCCGGCGGCUCCUUCAUGGCGGAUGGCGGCGCCGCCGGCGGCGCGCGGCCGCCGGCCCGUGACCUGGCGGCGUGGAGCGAGGGCGGCGGCCAGUCGUAUGCGGGCGACACGCUGGCGGCGCGGCCCUCACUGCGGCACCUGCCACCCGGGCUGGCGGCGGCAGCGGCGGCGGCGGCGGCGGCAGGUGGCGGCGGCAGCUACGGACUGCCGCCGGGCGCGGGCGGGGAGGCGGGCGGUCUGUUCGACGUGCCCGGCUACCCGUACGGCGGGCUGGAGGCGGAGAGCGUGGGCAGCAGCCUCACCAGCCAGGCCACAGAGCUGAGGAGGACGGUCCGCGACCUGGUGCGCAACCUGCGGCCCGGCACUCGCCAGGACGCAGCCGCCACCAGCUCCGCCCGCGCCGCCACCGCCCUGGAGCAACUCAUCUCCUCAGCCGCCGCCAACGCCGCCACAGCCGCCGCGACCGCCGCAGCAGCCGCCAGCGCCGCCGCCGCCGCCGCCGCCGCGGCGGCGCCAGCCAGCGCCGCGGACGGCACCGCCGCCGCCGCGGGCGCCGGCCUCGUCAGCACCGGCUCCGGCAGCGCCGCUGCUACAGCCGCGUCGGCCGCUGCUGCCGCCGCGUCGGCCGCUGCUACAGCCGCUGCUGCCGCCAGCGAGGUCAAGUGGCUGUUCCUUACGGAGGGCGGGGUGCUGGUGCUGCUGGAGCUGUUGGACACAGACAACCAGAAGGCUGUGGAGGCGGGUCUGGACCUGUUGGGGGCGCUGGUGCGCGAUGACGACCGCCUGCUGGAGAGCCUGUGCCUGGUGGGCGCGGUGCCGGCAGUGGCGCGCUUCAGCCAGCAGCCCUGGCCGCUGCCGCUGAGGCUGCGCGCGGCGGCCUUCCUGCACGGCCUGUGCUUCCGCUGCGACACAACCAUGCAGCUGUUCAUCGCCGCGGGCGGUCUGAAGCAGCUGUGCGGCAUGGUGGCGGACGGCGUGGCGGGUGGCGGCAGCGGGGCGGCGGAGAGCCUGCCGCUCAGUCACGUGGCGGUGCAGUGCCUGCUGCAGGUGUUCCAGCACUACGCCACGCUGCCGCUCAACUACAUGUGCCGCAUCGUGGCGCACUGCGGCCUGGUGCCGCGCCUGUACGCACUGUUGAGGGACCUCAUAGAGCAGCGCCGCCGCACAGCCGGAACAGCAGCGGCAGCAGGGGCAGCAGCGGCAGGGGCAGCAGCGGCACGGCCGGCAGGGGCGCACACGCCGCAGGGCACGCCGCAGAAGCAGGCUGCUGCAGGCGUGGGUGCGGGAGUGGGUGCGGGAGUGGGUGCGGGAGCGGGGGCAGGAGCGGGGGUGGGGGGCGGAAUGGUGGGCUCGAGCUCGGCGGGGGAUUUGGUGGGGUCGCCGCCGCGGCCGGACGUGUCAGGGGCGGCGGGAGGAGCAGGAGGAGCGGGAGGAGGUGCGCACCACUCGCGGUCGACGUCCAGUGCGGCUGUGCUGUUUGGUGGGGGUGUGGGCGGCGGGGUGGGGGAUGGGUUGGCGGCGGCGACGCGCGGCGCGGGGGCGGCGGCAGCGGCAGCGGGCGGGCAGCGGGCGAUGACGCUGCCUGUUGGCGGCGCGCUGGCAGUGGCGGCGGCGGCGGGCGCGGCGAGCAUCCCUCUCGGCUCCACCCUGACACACGAGCAGGUCUGCUACCUUCUGGACAAGUGUGUGGAGCUGCUGGUGGUGUUGUCCAACGCGGACGGCGCCGUCAAGGCCUCCAUGUGCGGCCACGACUGCCUGCUGCGACACCUGGACUGCCUGGGCAGGUUGCAGCAGCCGCACCUGGUGGACAUGCUCCGCUGCCUGCGCAACCUCACCUCCGACCCCGCCGUGCUGCCCGCCAUCAAGGACGCCGGAGCCAUUGCCUGCCUAGUGCCUUUCCUCGCACACCACCACACACCAGCCGCCUCCGGCGGCGCAGCCGCCGCCGCCGCCGUCGCGCCCGGCCCCGCCGCCGCCGCUGUUGCCUCGGCCCUGGCGGAGCCGGGCCCCAACCCCGGCAACGCGGCGGUGGUGGUUCCCAAGUCGGAGGUGCAGCUGGAGGCGCUGCACGCGCUCUACAACCUGUGCGUGUUCAACAAGCGGGUGCACCUGGAGGCAGCCGCCUCGGCAGGCAUCAUACACCCGCUCUGCGCCUUCGCGGCGCAGGGCUGCGCGGCAGUCGCCGCCACGCGCGCGCAGCGCGCGGCGCCUGCCGGCGCCGGCGGCGCCGGCUCCGCCGCCGCCGCGGAAGCGGCGGCGGAGCCGCCGCCGGAGGCGGCGGCGGCGCCGGCGGCGCCGCCGGCUGCCGGUUCGCCUGCGGCUCUGUCGGCUGCGGCUGCUCAGUGGCCUGGUGUGCGGGCGGUGGUUGUGCCGCUGCUGCUGGGCAUGGUCACGUGCUCCAGCGCCACACGCAACAAGCUGUACGGCAGCCACGGGCUGGACAUAUUCCUGGCGCUGCUGGCGGACGAGGACAGCCGCAGUGUGCUGGGGGUGCUGCAGGCGCUGGACAGCUGGCUGGCGGAGGACCACAGCAGGGUGGAGGCCCGGCUGACUCAGCGCGACGCGGUGGCGCAGCUGGUGGCGCUGUACGCCCGCAGCAUCAGCGCACAGGACAUGGCCCAGUCCAAGCUGGAGGCGCUGCGCACCAUGCUGGGCCGCUCCUCCAAGCUGGCGGUGGCGCUGGCCAUGGGCGGCCUGGUGCCGUGGCUGCUGGCCAUGAUACAGCACGCCGCGCCCAUCAACAGGGUCAAGAUCCUGGACAUUGUCAGGAUCCUGUACGAGCACUACCCGCGGCCCAAGGAGUUCAUCAUGAUGUACAAGAUCCAGGACGUGCUGGCCAUGCUGCUGCGCACGCACGGCCGCGACGCCGACGCCGUCAUCCAGCAGGCGCAGCGGCUGCUGUCCGCCUUCGACAUCAACGUGCUGCUGUGAUGGGGGCGGGCGGCGGUGGGGGUGGCUGGUGGAGUGGGUGGGGGUGCUGCUGGAGUGGGUAGGGUUGAGUAUAGGGGUGGGGGUGGGGAGGUGGUGCUGGUGCUGGUGCUAUGGGAGGGAGGCAGGGAGGGAGGGCGGGAGGCCACAGUGCACUGUUGCUGUUUGUGCCCGGGACCAACGUGUAAGUCCGAAGUACCAGGGGGGGCCGGAGGACGCGGGGCCGGUGGGGCGGAUGGGCGGCUUGGGAGGCUGGGUGCUUGGCGCGGAGUGCUUGGCGGGCGGCGGGGCGGGUGUUGGUGGUGGAGCGGUGUGGUGUGUUGCGAGGCCCGUGCGGCUGAGGCACGGGUUGGGGGCUGUCUGUGUACAUGUGCACGGUGUAUGUGCACUGCGGUGCGAUGUGGUGCCGCGCGAAUAAAGAGAAGUAGUGUAAGCCUUGGUGAAGGCACAGGUCGGACAGUACGGUCCAUAUCCUGUGAGUGGCUUUUGGGGGCGACAGGGGGCGGGGGGCGUGCGUACGUGCAUACACGCGGCGGAGAGGCAUUGAGGCAAGGCGGGCAAGCAGGCAGCCGUGGUGCGUAGCCGUGGACUCAUGGUGAUGACCCAACGCAUUUUUUGGAUGUCGGCUAAAGCGAGGGCCCGCAUGGGGGGCACUCUGGUGCUUCCGUCACAGUCGCAGCAGGCUGGCGCGCGCGCGUGGGCGGGCGGGUGGGGGGGGGGGGGCGCCGCGCUUCGCGAGUGUGGCGAAUGUUAUGAGGUGGGCACGUGCGCGUGUCAUGGUGCGCGGUACCAUUGCACCCAUUGCACGCAGCUUCGUGAUUUGUUGGCCAAGGGCUCCGUUAUAUUCUAGUGUUGUACGUGGUGUUGAGGGAAGCACAAGAUAGAGACAUUGACACUGCAAUCACGGAGUGUAUUCUGUUGGUGGUGAUUACGUACCGGUAUGCACGGUGGCGGCCCGCAGACUGGGGCGUGGGGCCUCCACGAGGCUACACGUUGGUGAAGUGUAGUGUGCCUGUACGUGGCCCUUGACACGGCCGUCGGCAGGAGAGCAACCAGAGCAUGCAGCGUGUUCACACCCGGAAUCCACCCCAUCCCUUCA